AUGUCAAAUUUGUACAGUUACUUUCAACGUAUCGAGCCAAAGAAAAUGGCCGCUACAACAGCGAACGAUGAAUCGACUAGUCAAACAAAAGUUACACCGAAACGUGAAAAUAAUGGACUUACAAAAAAGAAACAAACGCCGAAAGAGCCACGUAAACCAAUGAAUAUGAGUGAUAUCUAUAGUGCUGAUUCACCUAAAUCUGAAAAACGAAAAAAAUCAUCAACAAUUGCAGCAGAUGAUCAUGAUAUAUCACCGAAAACUAAAAAGCGAAGAACACUCAAUGCACGAAAUGAAUCAGAUAAUGAAGAUGAUGAUGAACCAAAACUAAGAGUUAGCAAAAGUCAAAAUAGAAAGCGUGCUGCUAUUCUUGAUAGUGAUGAAGAGGAAACAGAAAAUGCUCGUAUGGACGUUGAUGUUACACCAAUAAGUAAAAAAACAAUCCAAAAAGAUACAAAAACGAAAGCUAACAAUUCAACUAAAACAUCACGAAAGAAAAAAGCUGAAGAAAGUGAAGAUGAAGAGGUAUUAUACAAUGAUGGUUCAGAAGAACAAAGCGAUCAAAAUGAAAGCGAACCUGAAGAAUAUGAUGAGGAUGAGGAUGAUGAAAAUCACACAAAGACACCAAAACGACGAACAACGACGUUAAAUAAGACAAAACGGCCACCAAAACAUGUCAAUGAUAGUAAUUUCACGCAUCUUUCUUUGGAAUUUCUCAAAGAUGGCCAUCGACGUGAUGCUAAUCGUCGUCUUCAUACUGAUCCAAAUUAUGAUUCACGUACAUUGUAUGUUCCAGAAGAAUAUCUUAAUAGUGUUACACCGGCCUUACGACAAUGGUGGGUAAUGAAAAUGGAAUAUUUUGAUACAAUUCUUUUUUUCAAAGUUGGCAAAUUUUAUGAGCUUUAUAAUAUGGAUGCAGUUACUUGUGCACCAGAAUUAAAUUUAACAAUGAUGAAAGGUGACCUGGCACAUUGUGGUUUUCCUGAAAAAGCAUAUAGUAAAUUUGCUGAUAUACUUGUGUCAAAAGGCUAUAAAGUGGCACGAGUCGAACAAACAGAAACACCAAAUAUGGCGAAAGAGCGUCUUGAACAGCAAACAGGAAGAAAAAGUAAAUUUGAUAAAACAGUACGUCGGGAAAUAUGUCAAAUAACUACACCCGGUACAAAAACAUUUAAUACAUUAGACAAUGAUAAUGUAUUUCGUGAAAGUUCCUAUUUAUUAUGUGUUGUUGAAGUGCCAAUCACUGGCAAUAAAAUGACACCAUGGGAAUUCGGUAUAUGUUUUGUUGAUACAACUAUUGCACAAUUUUAUAUCGGUCAAUUUGAAGAUGAUCGAUAUUUGUCACGUUUACAAACUUUACUUGCUCAGUAUCCACCAGCGCAAAUAUUAUGUGAAAAAAAUAAAUUAUCAGAAAAAACGAAAAAGGUUUUAACAUUAACUCACGCUAAAAUUGAAUAUUUAAUGCCAAAUAAAGAGCUGUAUGAAACAACAAAAACACUUGAUAUUCUUCGUGAUGAUACAUAUUUCAAAGAUGAAAAAGGAAAUCUUCAAUGGCCAGAUGCAUUUCAACAUGCUUUUAAUGAAGGUGAUCAACAAGGUUUACAUAUUCGCUCAACUUUUCAAUUAUCCAUACGAGCAUUAGGUGGUAUUCUUUGGUAUUUACAACAUUGUCUUGUCGAUAAAGAACUUUUGUCAAUGCGUAAAUUUUCGAUAUUUCAGCCACCUGAUGAAAAUAUCGAACUUAAAGAAAUUUCAACAUUUAAACAACAAAAUAUGGUACUUGAUGCUACAACAUUAUAUAAUUUAGAAAUUUUAUCAAAUAGUCGUGGUGGAAAAGAAAAUUCAUUAUUAUAUACAUGUGAUCGUUGUUCAACUCAUUUUGGUAAACGUCUUUUGUCUCGAUGGCUUUCAGCGCCAUUAUGUAAUGUCAAUGAAAUCAAUGAACGAUUAAAUGCAAUUGAUGCGUUACGAGAUAAAACUGAUUUAUGUAAUAAAGUUCGUGAUAAACUCAAAAUUAUUCCAGAUCUCGAACGACUCUUUUGCCGCAUUCAUUCUCUUGGUCAUCGCCCACUCGAUACUGAACAUCCAGAAAAUCGUGCCAUACUUUAUGAAGAUAUUACUUAUAGUAAACGAAAAAUUCAAGAUUUUCUAGCAGCACUUACUGGUUUGAAAGUGGCUAAUGAAAUCGUUCAAAUAUUUGCCAAGCACAAUGAUUUAUCAACAUCGUCUUCAUUGCUCAAUGCUAUUAUAUAUCAAAAUGAUGAAAAUAAAAAUAAAAGUUUUCCAAACCUCGAUGAGUUACUUGAUUAUUAUACAAAAGCAUUUUCACAUGCACAAGCACGUACUGAAGGUAAAAUCAUUCCAACAAGUGGCGUUUGUCAACAAUAUGAUGAUGCAUUAAAUGAAAUUCGUGAUAAUGAAAAAGCUUUAAAUGAUUAUUUAAGCAAACAAAAGAACAUUUUAAAAAAUCGUGAUAUUAAAUAUGUACAUGUACAAAAAAUACGUUAUGCAAUGGAAAUGUCUGAAAGUGCAUGUCGAAACUUAGAUGAUGAUUAUGAAUUAAUGAGCUCACGAAAAGGCUUUAAACGAUAUUAUACAAGUGAAUUACGUGAAUUACUUGAAGAAUUAACUGAAAGCGAAAAAAAGAAAGAAAUAGCAUUAAAAGAUACAACAAGUAGUUUAUUUCGUCAUUUUGAUAGUCAUCAUGAAACAUUCCAACGUGUACUUAGUUGUCUAAGUACACUAGAUGUAUUACUUAGUUUCACAGCUUAUAGCCAAUCAUGUGCAGAUAUGUGUCGACCAGUUAUUCUUCAAAUAGAAAAUGAUCAGCAACCAUUCAUUAAUAUUCGUGAUGGUAAGCAUCCAUGUAUGCUUGAAAAAGCCACAAGUACAUUUAUUCCAAAUGAUAUUAUUCUUGCCGAUAAAUCAUCAAAUGAAGAAUGGCAAACAAAACCGUUAGUACUUGUUACAGGUCCAAAUAUGGGUGGUAAAUCAACAUUAAUGAGAGAGACAGCCGUACUUGCUAUAUUAGCACAUGUUGGAAGUUAUGUGCCAGCAGUGUCCUGCACCAUGAGUGUUUGUGAUCGAAUUUUUACACGUUUGGGUGCUAGUGAUCGAAUUAUGGCUGGUGAAUCAACAUUCUUUGUUGAAUUAAGUGAAGCAUCAUCAAUUUUACGUCAUGCUACUCGUCAUUCUUUAGUACUCAUUGAUGAACUUGGACGAGGUACAUCAACAUUUGAUGGAACAGCUAUUGCUUGUUCUGUUGUUAAUGAUCUGGCAAAUCGUAUUCAAUGUCGAACAUUAUUUAGUACACAUUAUCAUACAUUAGUUGAUGAUUUUGAAAAACAUGAAAAAGUUGGAUUAGGCCAUAUGUCAUGCAUGAUCGAAAAGGACGAAGAAACAUCAACAAAAGAAAUACUUGUUUUUCUUUAUAAAUUUGUCGAAGGUUCAUGUCCAAAAAGUCACGGAUUUAAUGCAGCACGUUUGGCUAAUAUUCCUGAGUCAAUUGUUGAAUUAGCACAAACAAAAGCCUCAGCAUUUGAACGAUGGGUAACACUUAAGCGAAUAUUGUUGACGAUGAAAAAAGUAACUGAUAGUUUACAACAGCACGAUAUUCUUCAAUUCUUAUCACAAUUAAAACUACAUUGA